AUGGACUCAGCUACCGCCCAUUUCACAGACCUCGAUGCCAAUGUCUGGUCUACAGAGGAACCGCCUGAAUCACUGCCUACUGUUGCCACUUCUUCGAAAACUCCGCCAUCUGUCGCAGACACCAGCAAUGACGACGUCACCGUAACACAUGUGUCCUAUUCAGUCGAUCUUAGCACAGCCAGCGAUGGCAACAAUAGCCCCCCUCAAGCUGCGCCAGCUCCAGGUCUCAACAUUUUACCGGAGUCUAUCUAUGAACACGAUUCAGAUUCCCACGAAAAGGUGUUUGACGAGAUUCUUCCUUUGUAUACAAGUGAACCCCUCAGUGCCUCAGGAACACAGCAUGAAGCUGAAAAGCAGACAAAGCAAGAGGCUCAGCCUGAUGAGAAACCAAGUGUUGAAACAACUCCAGCCAAUUCAGAGGAGGCUUCUGACUUGCAAUUGAAGUCGUCUGAAGACAUAUCUCAAAGCAAGAAGCAAAGCCUUCAAGAAGAUGCCGCCUUAAAACAAUUUGAGCCACAGCCAUAUGAGGUUAGUGAUAUUGACUUUGAUGACUAUGAGGAAGCGUACCAGCAACCACCGGAUGAGGACGAAUUUAAUGAAAAUUCUCAGAAUUCAGCUUAUGGAGACGAGUUUAAAGAGGCUGUUCAGCAGCCAGUUCAGGAAGAUGAGUUUAAGGAGGUCGUUCAGUCGGAUAAAGAAGCUAGCCAUUCGGCUCAUGAAAAUGAUAAAGAGACUACUCAAUCAGAUAAUCAAAAUCAAUCGAAAGAAAUUGAUUACCCCGUUCAUGUGGAUGACUCAAAAGUGACUCUUCAAAAUACUCACAAUGAUGGUCUUGAGACUGACCAGCAAACUCACAAAGAUGACUCUGAAGAUAUUUCCCAGUCAGCCCAGAAAGAAGAAUCUACUUUUGACUCUAGAGAAACAACACCAACAGUAACACAUGAUGACGACAUUGAAGAACCUGUUCAAACUACUCAUCAACAAGAAUCUGAGGAGGCUCCCCAUCCAGAACAUGAAGAUGAUGAUUUUGACAACUUUGAAGAAGCCGGCAACUCAACUUACAAAGACACACCAAAAGACAUUUCUCAUGAUGGUGAGUUUGGUGACUUUGACGACUUUGAAGAGGCUUCGCCGCAACCUGAACACGCAAGUAAUGACUUUGACGACGAUUUUGGCGAUUUUGAUGACUUUGAUAGCUUCGACGCAGGUCCACAGUCAGAACCAAUUCAUACCUCUUUACCCAUCGCUCCUUCUAUUCCCUGUCUUAGCGAAACAGACUUUUCCAACUCAGCACAUCUUCAAGCUUCCAUCGAAAGUAUUAUUGGUGCAAAGUCUGGAAAUGGAUUUGUUUACACAUUAACCAGUGCCGCCAACACCCAAAUCACAGUUGCAGAGUUGAAGCCAUCUACAGACCCAGAUUAUGACGAUGAUGAAUCUGAAUCUCAAGAAGCUCUAACAAGAUCUCAAAGUGACAUUAGCGGAGAAAGCAUACCAAAGCAACAGGAGACCCAACAGCAAGCAGAGACCCAAACAAAUAUCCCGGCAACAAACGCAUAUACGCCGUUAUCGUACUUUACUGUCCGCUCAAAGUCUCUAUGGGACCAGCUAGCAGCUGCUCCUUCACCAACAGCCACUGCACCGGCUGUCACAGAUUGGCGACGAAGUGCAAUUAGACGCCACUUUUUCGUAUCUCUUGGAGUUCCUGUGGACCUUGAUGAAGUAAUGCCGCAACAUGGUAAGCAGAAGCGUUUAAUUCUGCCCACAGAGUUCAAAGAGAACAAAAGCCAGACAACAGACAAGGACAGUAAGAAAACUACGGCAGAAACUGAACCGGAUACACCUAAACAGAGCGCAAGUGCACAUGAAGACGACAAGAAGGUUGCUUCAUGGGCUCGACUAGCAGCAGUUAGCGACAUUGCAAUCGAAAAUAUGACAGCAGACGAGGUCAGCGAGUACGUCCGCAACCUGACGCUGGCAAUUGAUGCAGCGCGCAUGAUGCAAAGCCAAUGUGUAACGCGGCGCGAUGAUGCACUCAAAGACAAGGCAACGUUUGAAAAGGUCAUUGAGAGUUAUGUCGUGUACACACAACGGUUUGGUAAAAACGGUGGAACAGCAUCUGGUGCCGCUGCAGUGGCUGCUUCAAACAACUCUAAAAGCACGGCCGGCCCGGGCGAUACCGGCGGAAGUAAAGUCCCAGGCUUUCAUAAGCGCAAUACGUCAAAGCUAGCACGCGCCAAUAGCUUUUUGCGUCGUAAAAAGACAGAUAGCUGA